AUGUUUGUUCACUCUUCUUCCACUAACCUGAUUUUUUCUUACAGCAGAAAAAUCACUCCAUUGACAGAUAAACCGACACCCACUAUCAUCGUCUCGCGCAUAUUGACACUCAACAGCCCAUUCCCCCCUUCUCUCUCCAUCACCAUGCUGGCAGCUCAAGUCACCGAUGCUACCGACACUGCCAAAAGAUCUAAACCCACGCGCACAAAGAGGACUGGCAAACAGAAGCCAAAGAUAUGUGCAUCUCUGGUGGUGCCUCAGAUCAAUCGAGUAUGUGAAGGAGCAUGGGCCAACGACCCUCGCAGAGUUUAUGAAGAUCUGGCUGGCCGUGGACAAGAGCACGAAAUAGGUGAGUGCCCGGCUUGCUCAUACAAUCCACACCAUCUAAUGUUUGUAUUUGCAGCUCUAUAG